UUUCAUUCAUUUGCAAAGGCCAGGGCCUCUGCAUAUCAGAUGGGACAGCCAUGGCAGAAAGAAGGCUGCAAAAACACAGGGACAUUCUGUGUCUCUUUGAUGUGGAUGGGACCUUAACCCCUGCAAGGGAGAAGGUAGAUCCGGCAGUGGACCAGUUCCUACAAGAGCUCCGCCAACGAGUGAAGAUUGGGGUGGUCGGAGGAUCAGAUUAUUCUAAGAUUGCAGAGCAGCUUGGAGAAGGAGAUCAGGUGGUUUCCAAGUUUGAUUAUAUAUUUGCUGAAAAUGGGACUGUUCAAUACAAGGACGGCAAACUCCUCGCCAGACAGGCCAUCCAAAACCACCUUGGCGAAGAACUGCUCCAAGAUCUUAUUAACUUCUGCCUCAUGUACAUUGCACUGCUCAAGCUGCCAAAGAAACGAGGAACAUUCAUUGAAUUUCGAAAUGGAAUGCUCAACAUUUCACCCAUUGGGCGAAGCUGCACUCAAGAAGAGAGGAUUGAGUUUAAUGAGUUAGAUAAGAAAGAGAGAAUCCGAGAAAAGUUUGUGGCAGCGCUACAGAGAGAAUUUGCAGGGAAAGGACUGAGAUUUACAAGAGGUGGAAUGAUCAGUUUUGACAUCUUUCCAGAAGGCUGGGACAAACGCUGCUGCCUGGAGGUUCUAGCUGCAGAACAAUUCAGCAGCAUUCACUUCUUUGGCAAUGAGACAACUCCGGGUGGGAAUGACUAUGAGAUCUACUCUGACCCCCGUACAAUAGGACAUACUGUGGUUUCACCAGAGGACACUGUAAAGAGGUGCCAAGAGCUUUUCUUCUCAGAGAGAGACAAUGAAGUAUGAAAUACCUUCUGGGACCAUUGUACAUGCAAACAUGGCCUAGAUGGCUUACGGGUCACACAACUGUCUUUUUAUUAUACCAGGACCAAACAAAUGCUGUGAUAGGAUGAGAUGAACUGUUCUCACCUCGACAAAUAACCACGAGCAGAACUGGAAGCCAACACUUUGUUUGUUUCAUCCAUUUGAAAAUAUAUGGCUAUGUUGUAGAGACUGUCUGCCGUACUAAAACACUCAAGCCUGAGGGAUCUAGAACUGUACUGGGGCAUUGUGUUACCAGGCCAGGAUUUUAACUACUCAGCUGGUAAAAAAAAAAGGUUCUUGAUGACAAUGAUACUAAAAUGGAAAAAAGGAAUCGGGAAAAGGUGACAAACCUAUGUUUCAGUGACUGUGAGGGCCUUUAUUCUGAUAUUUGUCCUCUUGUUUUGUUGAUUGCUGGGAAUUCCACAUUUGCCAAAGGGUAAUGCUCAAAUUGUGGCCUUAAUAGUGAAUAUACACAUUAGUCCAGUUGUCCUCAAACAGAUUGGUAGAAAUCAGAUCAACAAAGCAAAUGUCGAUGACCUUCCAACUUGCAAUACAGGUCACGCUCCCAUGAAGAAGUGAAGUUUAGGAUGAAAUCAAGGAAGUGACUCCUGCAUGAAGUAAAUAAACUGAGACUAUGAUGAAGUCCAUUCAGGAAGUAAAAUGACCCUAAAACCAUGUCUAUCUCUGUGCAUGCCCAUUAGCAGUUUAAAAGUUCAUUAUUUAAUGAGAGGCCUACAGUAUAUAAACAUGGCAUGGUGUUUCUGAUGAAGGACAAUUAAUGAAAACUGCAUAUCAUGUGAUCAGUAAUUCUUCAUUAUGGCUGCCAUUGAUCAUGGUGUGUAAGACAAUAACAUUGUUACAGUGCUGCUAGUUACUUGAAGUUUAUUCCAUUCAGAGACACUGGCUACCUGGCCAAUAAGAGUGAUCUUUGUUAGAAAUUAAGCACCAGUGAGAAGGCCAGUAUUUUUAUGCAGAAAAGUGGUAAACCUAUUAGUACACACUCCCCUAUUGCAUACUGUAUAUACAGCAACUGCUGAAAUGAGAGUAGCAAUAUGCAUUUGUGCAAACCCAAUUUCUGGCAGCUAAUUUGUCUAACAUCUUUGCUUCUAGCUGGGCCCCCUGGCACCACUAUCUGACCUGGAUUCCAAGGAAUCCAGUUCUUGGGCACUAGGAUGAUCCAUAAAGGCUGUGUUUUGAGACCGUAACUAUGUGAAUACUGUAAAUUACAAAACAUUACCAAAUCAAAGCAAUCAUUUUUUAUUUUUCUGCCAAAGCCCAGAUAUAAGACCUACAGUAUAUCCAGGAUAGCCAGUAUAUACAGGCAGGUUUAUUCAUCUGCACAUUUUAGGUUAAUCAUUAUUACCAUACUGUUCUUACUUACCACAUAAAUAAUAGCAUAAUCUCCAGGGAAUAGGUGCCCUAUAGUGGCUUAGUUUUUAAUGUAAGAUGACUGAAUGCUUACUUAGUUUUACCAAGCAGUAUCUCUGUCAUUUGAGCACAGUUGUUCUGCUGGGUUGUACACCCAUAUUUAUACAGUUAUAUUGUAUUCCAAACAAUGGCUGUCAGGGUUGGACUGGGGGUGCAGGGCCCACCAGGGCUGCCGCUCCAGGGGCCCCGCACCCCCCACACCGCCAAAGGUACCCCCGCCGGCCGCAUCCCCUGCAGGGGCCCCCACCCAACAUCCUCCCCUAAGCAUGCGUAAGUGAAACGCGUCAGGGGAGGAAAUCGGCAGCCAGGGGAAGCGGCAACAGGGAUGCCGGAGCCCACCAGGGUGGCCCAGUCCAACCCUGAUGGCUGUACACACUUCACUUUGACACUAUAUGUCAAAGCCUUCACAUAUUGGCCUCAUACACAGGCCAAUAAGCUGCUGACUGGGUCAGAGAGUAUUGGCAUCUGUGCAGCCAGUAUUGCCUUCUCUUUAAAAAAAGGCUCAAAUAUAAAAUUAUUUUAUCCCUCUCCUGUAUCAGUGACUAAUAAUAGAUGAAUCUACUCUAUUUGCACUGAAUACUCAUUGCUGCUGUGAUCUCUGAAGGUGACUUACAGAGUUUAUCCAUAGAGCCAGGCAUGCUGCAGCUAGGACACUGAUAUAAAACAAACAUAACGUCUCCGGUUCAGCUUUGCCUUUAAUAAAUAACACAGGAUGAUAAUAAAAAUAUAAAAGAUACUGUUCCAUUGGGGGGUGGGGGAUGGGGAACAGUGAGAUUGUGAAUACAAGUGCUGCUAACCCUGUGUAUAUGUUCUAAGAUGUGUAUGUGUUUCCAUAAAUUCUAUUCACUUGCAACUCAUUUGCUGCACCAAAAGCUUGGACACUUUUAGAUUCAAAUGUAUUUUAAAAUAUGAGAUACCAUGCAGAACAAAUAAACUGUUUCCAGGGUUGUCCUGAAUAGCUGUCCCAUUUUUUAGAAGAUAUAUUUUUAUCUAUGAGAAUUGGGCUUUUAAUGCUUAAAAAAAAAAACACAAUAGAAAAAGGAAAAUACAGACAGGUUGUUGUGGGGUAAAUAAAAUCGUUGUGCUAAAUAAAAUUGAUUUCUCAUCAGUUGUAACUGUAUUUUUUUUCUUUGCUUGUGUGGAAAAUAAAAUAUUUUCUUU